AUAGAAAAACGGGUUUAGAAAAAGAUAUCGCAAACUAUACAGCUACAUGUAUAUGCUUUCCCAUUGUACCAUUCUCUGUUGUAAAUAUAUUAUAAAGAGGGUUUUAUAUAGAAACAUAUAAAUUUUAUUUUCAUUUGAAAAAGUGUGAUGUUGAAGAUUAUUUUACAUAUUACAAUAAAAUUAGGCAUAAAACCAUGACGAAUAAAGAACUAUCUGGUUCCCAUGCUAUAAUGGAUGAGGAAAACCAAGAAGAUACAUUCAAAAAUGCAAAUGGUCGAAAACGUCCUAGAACUAGUGAAGACUUUUAUUUAUUUUGCACAUAUAUACUAGAAUAUGAAAAUUAUGAUGCCCAAAAAAACGAGGAAAUUAGGAAUUCUACAAAUCUUAGUCCUCCUCUAGAUAGUUCAGGUAGUAGUGUCAAUUCUGAAUCAAAUUCUGAAGCAACUAACUCUGGACAAGACGAUAAACCUAGUGGUGACGAAACUGAUGAAGGGAACGACUCACAUGAUCUAGUCACUUGUUAUUGUGGAAAGCCGUUUGCUGGUAGACCCAUGAUUGAGUGUUCACUUUGUCUUACCUGGAUACAUUUAUCUUGUGCACGAAUUAAAAAGAACAACAUCCCAGAUGUAUUUCACUGUGCCAUAUGUAAAGCAAAUAAAAAACAAAGGGCUGUGUCUCCUUCGAAUCCUCCUGAUAAAAGUAAGCGCCACAAGAAGCCAUCGUAAGUAAUCCAAUUGUAUAUAUUAACUGAGUUAAGAUCAGUUUGUAAAAAUAUGUAAAUACUCUGAACUGUACAUUUAAUAUUGAUAUGUUUUUAAUAAGAACAUUUGUAACAAUAAUGAAUAUUCUUCAAGAACUGUAACAUCUUUUAUGUUUGUUAUAUAAUGUAAUUGUGAUAAAAAAAAUCGCCCACUAUUUUUAUCUACUGAUAGAUACCCACUAUUUUUGUAAGUUUGCAAAUUGACGUUUGGAAUUUUUCAACCAAAGAACUGUUUGAUGAAGAUCGAAUUUAAUGAGGUGAAUUAUCUCACUGAUUUUAGGGUGCAAACAUAAUAUGAUGAUUUUCGUAUAAUUUUUAUUUUUUAUAUUGUGAAAGGAGGUGAUAUCCUAUCUCAAACACAUCAGUUCAACCAGACAAUACAUUAAUAUUGUGUACAGUGUACACUGAUAUUUUUAAAUAUGGUAUGUGAUAAUAAAUAUGAAUUCUUGUCUUAUAUUAGUUAAAUUGGCAUUACUAACUAAUCAUAAGUAACUAUUAGACUCGAAAUGAAUGAAUAUCUUAGUAAAAUAACAAAUUAUUUAGAAAAUAUAUUGUUUUUAUCUUUUUUUUUUAAUUGGUAGUUUUAUUUUUACACAAGACUGAAAAAAUUUUCAGUAAUAAAUUCAUUUCCUAUCGUGUUGGUAAUUUACUAUUUAUAUUCUAAAUUGUUAACCAAUACACUGGAAUAAUAGUAAAAACUAUUGCAGUUGUUUGUUGCUGUUUUACAAAAAAAAUGGUGAGGUUCUUUUUUGCUGAUUCUACCACUAUUUAGAAUAUAUGUUUGGUUGAUUUAGAUGAAGAGUAAUGUAGUAUAUUGCCUCUAAAGGUACAGUUUUGUUUAAAAAGGUAAAUAUUUGUAAGUUGUAAAUAUGGUUAAUUCUAAGCUGAAUUGUAGAUUUAUCUCCUUUUUUUUUUACUUACAUUGAUGUAUUGUGCAAUGAAUUUUUCUCAUACAAUUUUAAAUGGGAAAAUAAAAUGUACAUUUUUUCAAUGAUGUUUGCUAUCAUUUGUUACAAUAUAAUAUAAAAUAAAGGUAUUGAUUUUUUAA